AUGCUCAUUUCCUUGGAUGUGGAUGAGUUGGCCAGCCCGGGCACCACGCGAAGUCCGACGGAUCCCGAGCCGCUCCAGCCGGCCAGAGGCAGCGAGCAGCCGUACACGAGGCCCAGGUCCGGCGGGCGGAGACCACAGGGUCGCCAGCAGCGGCGCCGCUGCGGCGCCCGCCUCUUGGAACAUGCCCGGAGUGUGACACCCCAAGUGCCCGACAGCACAACAGCUGCUUUGGAUAUGAGCAGAGUAAGAACCAAGAUUCAGCUGGGAAUCCGCUGCUCCAGCAUGCGCCCACGGUGCAAGGGUCGCGAGACGAAGACCAGCCCGGAAUGUUCCUCUUCAGUUGGAAGCUGCGUCGCCCAUAAGGCGCGAGUCGAAUUAAGCUCCAGUACCUAUUUCACGUGCAUCGCGAUUUAG